AUGCGAUUGAUCAGUAUACUUGUCCUGGUGAGUAAUAAUAAUGAUAAUAAUAGUGAUAGUGGUGAUGGUGGUGGUUGGUGGUCUGACUCGAUUUUAGAUUUGGUACCGUUGGAUAAAACUCGACGGACGUGGGGAGGAUGGGAUUAUGUGACGUAUUGGUCGACUGGUGGUUUCGCAAUCUACAACUACUCGACAGGAUCGGCUCUCAUCGCCUUUGGAUUAAGUGGAAAACAAGCUCUCGCCGCAGGAAUUUUCUCUCCCAUUGCUCUCGCAGCUUUGUGUGUAUUUUGUGGUUGGAUCGGAGGAAGCCAUCACGUCACCUACACCGUCGCCUCACGAAUGAGCUGGGGAAUGCGAGGCACUUACUUCGCCGUGUUUAUCCGUCUCAUGCCCGGUCUCGUCUGGGAUGGAAUUGAAGCCUGGUGGGGAGGACAAGCCGUUUCGACCAUGAUUGGAACCAUGUCUCUCCGCUGGGCAAAUUGGACACAUCCCUUGGCUCAGGGAACGAUGGAGUUGAAAGAUUUUGUGGGAUUUGUGAUUUAUUAUGUUGUUUACCUAAUAGUCAUGUGGCUCCCCCCCGAAAAAAUGCAUCGACCCUUCAUGGUAUCCUGCGUCGGCUUCACCCUGACCGUUUUCGGACUUUUGAUCUGGUCCGUCCACCACUCCAACAACACGGGCGGGCCCUACUUCGCUCGCGACUACCAACCGGACGCACUUUUAGCAAACUCGCUGCCCUGGGCGGUAAUUUAUGGAGCGACUUCCGUGUUGGGAAACGUCGGAGUGGUGACGUUGUCGCAGGCGGAUUGGUGUCGAUUUGCGAAGAAUGGGAAUCGGAUUCCGAUGAUUGCGCAGAUUGUUGCUUGUCCGUUGAUGAUUUAUGCGGCUUAUGCUCUGGGAAUCGUCGUCACUUCUGCUGCGAGUCAAACGCUGGGUUCGGCAUUAUGGCAGCCAUAUUUACUCCUCCGAGCGAUUCAAAAGUAUCAUAACAACUCCCCACGCUCUCGAGCUGCAGUAUUUUUCGCCUCUGCAACUUGCGCGUACGCUCAAGUUUGCGUCAAUAUUGUUCUGAAUAGUGUUUCUUCCGCUAUGGAUCUUACUGCUUGGUCACCGAAAUAUUUGAAUAUUAGGAGAGGUGCAUACUUGAUCGCUGCAGUGGGCAUCGCUGUCAAUCCCUGGCAACUCACUGCUACGGCUCAGACUUUUAUUGCCGUUCUCAAUGGAUUUGGCAUCUUCUACGGUCCAUGCUCUGGAAUCCUCAUUGCCGAUUUUUGGAUUGUGAGAAAAAGAUUUGUCAAAAUGGAUGACUUGUAUCGUGGUAAUGAGCAAUCCGUAUACUGGUACUGGCAUGGUUUCAAUUGGAGAGCGUUUUUGGCGUUUUCUUUGGCUAUUACGCCUGCUAUGCCAGGAUAUAUCAUUGGCUGCUCAGAUCUCAACCAACCACCGAAUGCAUGGAUGAAACUCAGCAGAUUAGGGUUUAUUACAGGAUUCACCCUCUCCAUGUUCUUCUACUACCUCUUCAACAAAAUCGCGCCUCCUCCCGGCCUCGGGCUCGGAGAGCGCAAGCACGACGAAGACACAUUAAUUCUCCCGUCGGCGUAUCGGCAGGAUGUUCCCACGCAAGGAAGAUUCUCGUGCGUGUUGGAUGGAGAGGCGGUGAGUAUGUCGGGUCGAUCUUCGGAGAGGGAAAAGGAUGGCGAUGAAGGGGGAGGUGAGAAGAAGGUUUCGGCGGUGGUGCAUGCGUUUUGA